UUCGCAAUCAGUUUUACGCCGACCGCACAACAGCGAACACGCAGUCUGCCGUUGGCAGUCCUCUCACCGUCCGUCCGUCAGUCCGUCAGACCGCCUGUCAUUCUCCCCCACUUGCUCCCCCCCACCCCCUUCGCAACCCACAAACACUAGUCGACCGACCGUCACCCCCGUCGCUCGGGACGCGCUCUGUCACUCGCUAUCCGUCGUCCGUGUCGUCGUCGUCUCCCUCUUCGGCACCACAGCCGUCACUCUUUUGUCUUUCGCCGUUGCGCGAACGCUAGAGAGAACAUAACCGAAAACCGUGCCGAGUCUCUUUCCGUCGCCGGUCGUACGCCGCAACACUCUGCUGUUGCAGUGCCGUAGUCCUUCUACCUCCCCCCCAAAAUAAACAAAACACUUAACACGCCGAAAUCUUUUUCGCUCUUUCCGGUAGAAGACCUCUGUUUGCCGCAGCGGAUCCAACGUCGCCAGACAACAAGACCACCGGCCACGCAGAGUGCCGACCGAUCUUCGCCGUACCCACGACUGCAACUGGUUGUGCGAUCGCGUUUUAUAAAAAUCACUUACAUUGUCGUAUAUAUAGCAAUAGAAUUGGCAGUAUCAUCGCAGCCGCACGAUGAGGGUGGAACUGGAAUCUGCCGUCAAGUUUAUCAUAUCAAUGCUGCGCGCAGGACACCGAUCCAAGUUGGUACGCAGUAAGGGUGACAAGUUCUUUCUGGAACCCGAAAUUGAGAUGCUGCAGCUUUCGCUGUUGACCGUCAUGAACCGCCAGUACAAAGACUUCUGGUUCCCGGAGUCUCCGAACCGUGGAUCCGCGUACCGGUGCAUAAGGAUUAACAAGGACAAGAUGGACCCGAUCAUCGCCCGCGCAGCUGACGCAUGCGGCCUGUCGUGCCACCUGAUCCGCGCGUACUUGCCCGACGAACUUACAUUGUGGGUCGACCCGUCUGAAGUAUCCUACCGCAUUGGUGAGGAGGACGGAAGCAUUUGCGUACUGUACGAGGGCCCGAUACAACAACCGCACGAAAUGGCCGCCACACAGCCGGGUCGACCUUCAUCGUCAUCGUCGUCUUCGUCUUCGGUGUCCACGUCGCCAGGAUCGUUGUCCUCAUCUUCGCCGCCGUUCAAUAACAGCCACAACCGCAACAGCCAUCUCCAUCUCCAGCAUCAACAGCAACAGCAGCAUCUCCAGCAACAGCAGCAACAACAUCAGCAACAACAGCAACAGCAACAGCAGCAGCAGCAACAGCAGCAACAACAACAACAACAGCAACAGCAACAGCAGCAACAACAACAACAACAACAACAGCAACAGCAGCAGCAAAUACAUCAGGCUGACGGCAUGUAUUCCAACUACACGUCCCCGGUUAAACCGUCGAACGUGAUCACGUUCGUGCCGCCCUCAUACGGAUCUCCAGUACAAUUCGUACAUUCACCUUAUCAGUCGUAUCCCGCUUUUAUUUCCAGUUAAUUUUAGAGAAAACGUAUUCACACCGAUUCAAAAGGAAAAAUGCUUAUUUGAUGUGUAUUUUUAGUAAUUAAGAAUGAAACGAAAAAAUUAUUAAGAAGCUUAUACAUUUAGAUUUAUAUUAUUUAUUAGGUAAGUACCUAUAUAUACAUAUUUAUUUGAUAUAAUAAUAUAUAUUAUAUUAACAAUACAUAUAUAAGUAUGUGUGUUGGUAAGAUUUUAUUUACAAACAAAAAAAUAACAUCGUAAUUUAUACACGAAGCACUCAGUAUAUUGCAUUUUAUACGAUACCCAUCCCUCUCCCAAAUAAAUCCCACCCAUGACCACCCAUUGAUUGCAGUGAUCUCACAAAUCCUUAAGAAGUAUACUGAUAGGACGUUGAAUUAUUAUUAUCGGAUUGUGUGCGAUUCGUCUCCCUCUCGAGACGCAGUCUGUGAUCACACGUUUCAUUAUAAUAAUAAUACGUAUGUGCACAAUAUGAUACUAUCAUUAUUAUGUUAUACCUAUCUUUAUGUCACCUAUACUGCAAGAAAAAAAUAUCGAUAAUGGAAACCAUUCCCAAACCCCACCCCUCCCCAUUUAAUUUUUGCAAUUUGUACUGGGUGCUUACUUGAGAGCUGUCGAAUAUUAUAAGGUCCUUAAAAAAAAAGCGAAAACAAAACAAAUAUAAGUAAUGAGAGCUACUGAGUAGACUGGGUUGUGUAAUACGUUUUCGAAGAAAAUCGUUUGUAACCAUGUUUUGUUUUGUAUAAUAAUAAAAUCUAUCUAUUUUGUGUAUAUGUGAGUGUGUGUAGGAUUUUUUUUUUUUAUAGCUGUUUAAAUAACAUUAUUAUAAUUAUUAUUACUGUUCCAUAAACAAUAUUAAAAAUAUUAUAUAGCUGUACGAUGUACCUCAUAUAUAAAAGGCUUUUAAAAAUACUGAAUAUAAAAAAAUCAAUCUUUUACAUUUCAUUUUAUAGUUAUUAUCGGUGUGUUGAUAAUAUAUCCAUGAUUGUAAAGCUGAAAAAAAAGAAAUAUCAAAAAAAAAUAACAUACCUAUUAUAAUUUAAUGUUAUUAAAAUAAUUGUACACUUACAUACACGAUUAAUAAUUGUAAUAAUAUUCGUCACCUUCCUCAACCACCAUUACGGCCACCAUCUCUCGUCGUGCAAGUUUGCAGACGCUUCCAAUAUUAUUUUGUUUCUCGUUUAAAAAAUGUAAUUUUUUUGUUUUUGUUUCUUGAACGUGUGAUAAUUAAAUAUUGUUCAUGUUCCGUUACCAUGUCGGUGCGCGUAUUUACGGUCAAUUACUAUUAGACUAAAAUUUUUGUCAUUCGACCGUAUAUAUUACUAUAUUAAUAUAUGUUUUACAUUACAUUCCGGCGAGGUGACGCGCGGCGUUGCAUCGUAUUUCGUCGAACAUAAUAUGUGUCCACUUAAUUUGCCGAACAAAAUUUAUUAAUUUAUUGAUUAUUAAAAAAUUAAAACCAUAUAUUGUUCCUUUAAUGUUAAACGUUGAUUUUUUUUAAUUUUUUUCGUCUAAGUGGUACACAAUUCGUACAUUAAACGAGAUAGAGCUUGGAGACCGAUUGGCUAAAGCUAAAUAGUUACAUUAUCUGCAUUAUAAUUUAUGAUGAUGUUUUUUUUUUCCAUAUGCACUGGUGGAAUAAAGUGAUAACGCGCCAGUGAUUAAAAGGAUUCAUUUUUCUCAUUCUAUAAAAAGUUAAAAGUUAAAUAUUGAGCUAAAAGUUACGCGCAAACGCAUGACGUAGUAAUGUAUAAAUAUAUUCACAAAUGUAUGAUUUUUCGCAAAUAAUUUGAGACUUUUACUACCAAUAUUUUAUAUAAUCGUUUGGUCAAUUAAAAUUUGUAUUUAUAUUUAACUAUAUUAUUUUAUUAUGUAUAUUAUCUUCGUUUUAACUUUUAAUUAUUAUUAUAUUCAGUCCUCACGAAUGGUUUAUCGUGUUAAUGAAUUGUUUUUUUUUUAACUGAUCUAACGUUUGCUAGUCGUAAUAUAUAUAUUUAUGCUGGUGUAAUAUUAUGUCAAUCAAAAGUAUGUUAAAGGGAAAUCACGUUGCACGAUAUUUGGGAAUAGAUUUGAGUACUAAUAUAAUAUACUAUUAUAUUUCAUAUUUUAUAUAACGUGCCAGACUCAAUGACAGAGGGAGUCUCCAUAUAUUAAGACCUUGUAAAUGUAUUAUAGUAAUUGUAGAUAUUUUGCACUGAUCUCUCUCUCUCCCUCUCCCUCCCUCUGUCUGCGUGUUCUAGAAGCAGUUCUGUCUAUUUUAUUUUUACUCAAUAUAUCUCUCACCCCCUCACUCUAUCUCUCAUUCUCGGUUUCUCUUUCCAUCUUGUUAAUUUGUGUGUAGAUGGACAGAUAGAUAGAUAGAUAGAUAGAGAGAUAACAAUAAAAUAUCAUAGUUUAGCUGUACAUUCCCGUCGUAAAUAUUUAAAAUCGUUUUCUGUACCCGGCAUCGACUUCGUGAUAAUAUUAACAAUAUAUAAAUAAAUAAAGUUGUUGUGAUACUUAGGCUUAUUGCAUACAUUAUACGUACGAUAUAUAAUAUAAUAUAUGUAUAUUAUGUUAUACUUGAACAAUUUUUGUAUCAAAUAAUAAUGAACCUAUAUAAUUGGCCUAUAUGUUUAAUAUAUUAUUGUAAUUUUACUUUUUUUUUUUUUAAUAUUUAUAAUUGACCAAAUUGUUUUAUAGUAUAUCGUGUAAGUAUUUAAUGAAAAAUUAAAACUUUGAUAUAUAUUUAUACACAUUACUCAUACCUAAACCUAAUACCCAGUUGUAUGAAUUUUAUUAUAUACUACGUGCAACGGAAACGUGAAUUUUAAAAACUAUCCACGUCGAUCUGUCAUAUAUAUAUUAUUUAAAUUAUAAUAAUAUGUCGGAUUUGUUUUUUCCGUACCAUAUCAAUUAACUAUUUUUAAUGUUUACUUACAAAAUUUACAUAAUUGAUUUUUAAGCGCCCAGUCUUCUUGUGUUUUAAUAUAUUAUAUUAUGUAGUACCUGCAUACAUUAUUACUAUUUUAUUAUUUGAUUUUUUUUUUUGUAUUUUUACUUGUCCGAAAAUAUAAUUGUUGUAUUUCGAAUGCGCCA